UCAAAUGUCAAUUGUCAAUGUCAAAAAUUGCUAGCGACGGAUAAAACUAAUUUUAUUUCAGCAAGACGAAUUAGUGAUUUAAUUGCAAAAUAAUUGAUAUGCGCUUUAAAAUGAAAUUUAAUUCAAUAAAACGACUACUACCUUUGUAUUCUAGUUUACUUCUUACUAUAUUUAUAAGUGUUGUAUCACCUGGUGCAAAUGACUUACACUUCCAUGAUGGAGUUUCAACCGCUGACAUUAUUUACGGAGAUGUAUUUUUUGAAAUACUAGAUCCUCCCGAACUUAGGUAUUCCUAUCGAAUUAGACCGGCAAAAGAUUUUGGUACGCCUUUUAAUGAGAGUAUACAAUUUCAUGACGCGAGGUUGGUUCCAACGAAGCCACUGCAUAGUUGUGUCGACCUUACAAACCAAGAUGACAUAGUGGGUCAAAUUGCACUCUCGGAAAGAGGCGGAUGUUCCUUUGUCUUCAAAACAGCAAAAGCUCAGCAGGCUGGAGCUAGAGCCAUAAUUAUAACUGAGUCAGUAGACAAAUGGGAUGAUUCUCUGGACCAUCUAAUAGAGAUGGUAGAUGAUAAAAUGGACCUAGAUGUGAAUAUACCAGCAGCUUAUCUUCUGGGUCGAAGUGGUACAACUAUUCUUCGCACAUUAAGAAAAUUAAAAAAAGAUUAUGCAAUUGUCAAUCUCCCAAUUAAUUUGACCCAUGUGCCAAUUGGUAAGAUGAACCAGCCCCCAUGGAUUUCAUGGGUUUUAUAAAAAUAAAGAUGUAACUUGAUUUGCCGCCAAGGAGAUGUGGUGGUACAUACAAUUUGCUUCGGAUUUACGUAGGUAUUGAAGCAACGUUUUUAUUUAAAAAAAAAUGGUCUAAUGGCCUAUUCAAAUAAGGAUCUCAAUGUAGACUAAAUGUCUUGUUAUAAUACCUUUGACAUUAAUCUUUUACGGCUUUUGUAAUUUAAGUAUUAUGUGAGGUAUUAAAGUUCAAUACUAUGUACGAG